AUGCCGUCUGCAGCGUUCAAAAAGGCCGCCGAUGAGAGCCGUCAACUCAAGGCUAAGCCGAGCAAUGAUGAGUUGUUGGAGCUUUACGCCCUCUUCAAAGUGGCCAAUGGCGAGGACAUCUCGAAGGCUCCUGCUCCAGGCAUGUUCGACUUGAAGGGGAAAGCCAAGCACAAGGCCUGGCAGAAAGAAGUCGAUGCAGGUACCAGCGCCGCUGACGCGGAGAAGAAGUACAUCGAUCUUGUCAAUAAGCUGAAGGGUCAGUAUGGGUUCGAUCCCAGCAAGGCUCCCGAGGCAGUUGGGAGCUCUUGA